AUGUGUGGUAUACUAUUACAUUAUUUAGGUGACAGGAAAGAUAUCACUCUUGCUGAUGAUGAAUUGAUCGAGUUUGAAGAAGAUUUCGAAGGUAUCAAAUCAUGUAGCAACAUUGACCCUAUAUUUAAUUCUAUGAUUUCUGAUAUCGCUGCAAGAGGCCCGAAUUAUUCUUCAUUUAAAGUGUCGAAACAAUAUUCUAUUACUUGGUUUUCAUCAGUUCUUUCCUUAAGGGAACCUUUCACGAAGCAAUGUGUUGAGAUUAAAGAUCGUUAUGUCGUACAAUUUAAUGGAGAACUAUACAAUGAUGAAAUUCAAUAUAAUGAUACACAAUAUACUAUACAAUUAUUAAAGGAAGGUAAGGAAAUAAUAGAUGUAAUAAGGAAAUUGGAUGGAGAAUUUGCAUACACAAUAUAUGAUAUUCAAAAUAGAAUGUUUUAUUUUGGUAGAGAUCCUAUUGGAAGGCGAUGUUUAAGCUUUUCUAUCGAUAAUGAAACAGGUGAAUUAUAUAUUUCCAGUGUUACAGGUUGUAAGACAGGAUUUCAAGAUUGUAUCGCAGGGACCAUCUACAAAUAUGAUUGUCAACUGAAAGAAUUAAAUACUGACAGUAAGAUCUCCAAACCAUUUUAUGUUUCUGAAGAAUUAGACGAUGAGAAUUUGUCACAUCUUGAUGACAAUGUUGAAAAACUUUAUACUCAUUUACUCGAUUCAGUGAGUAAAAGAGUUGUUUCUAUUCAUCCUGCUCAUAUACAAAAUUCACCUAUAUCGGUAUUAUUUUCUGGUGGUUUAGAUUGUUCGGUUAUUGUAGCAUUAAUUUGUGAACAUUUCAAACAGUCAAUAAGACAUAAAAAUCUGUCAAAAACUAUUGAAUUAUUAAACGUUGGAUUUGAAAAUCCAAGAACUGGGACGAUGCCGAAAGAUGUUCCUGAUAGAAAGUUAGCCAUAUCCAGUUAUAAAACUUUGCAACGUUUAUACCCUGAAAUUGAUAUUAAAUUAAUUCAAAUUGAUGUUUCCUAUGAAGAAUACUUAAAGCAUAGACCUAAAGUUAUUGAUUUAAUGUAUCCAAAGCAAACAGAAAUGGACUUAUCUAUUGCUAUUUCCUUCUUUUUCGCAUCGAUGGGUAAUGGGUACCUCUAUAAUGAAGAAAAAACCAACGAUGAGAUAAUGCCUUAUGAGAGAAAAGGUAUUGUCCUUUUCAGUGGAUUAGGUGCAGAUGAAUUAUAUGGUGGAUACCAUAAAUUUGCCAAUAAAUCAACAGAAGAAUUGGUCAAAGAAUUGACUAAACAAAUUAAUAAUAUAUAUGAUAGAAAUUUGAACCGUGAUGAUAAAGUGAUAGCACAUAAUGGUGUUGAGGUUAGAUAUCCCUUUCUUGAUAUUGAUGUAAUCAAAUUUUCCACAGAAGAGCUACCAAUCAAUUAUAAGAUUAAUAAAUUAAUCUUGAGAAAAUUAGCCAUGAACAAACUUCAUUUGGCUAAUAUUUGUGAUGAACCCAAGAGAGCAAUCCAAUUUGGUUCUAAAAGUGCCAAGAUGACAAAAGAUGGAAAUAAACAUGGUACAGAUCUGCUAAAGUGA